CUAAACACAGUCCACUUCCUACUACACUGGUGGAGCUGAUCCAGAGCACCAUCUGUGUAGCCGUGAAACCGCCCUGCUGGGCUCACAUGCCUGCCUCCAGUUCUCCUAAGCUUUGCCUUAUCUUAUCUUGUUUUUUUUUUCUUUACUGACCGCGCAAAUCCGUUUGUAUUUUUUAAUGUGGUGCUUGCGUGCCACACAUGACUGUAAUCCCCGGAUCCGCUGACUAGGACCAUGAAUCCCGGGACGGUGUUGCCAGGGGGAAAGUGGCGUCAGGGACCUGUUGGAAAUGACUGCUAAAGGAGGAUUAAAAUACGGAAAUCACAGUAACAGUGAACGUAGAAGAUAGCGAAAGAAGCCAUUGGCGUUACUGUGUAAAGGGUGUGUUUUUUGUGCUAUUUGACAGCCCUAGCCCCGUGGCUAAGGAUUCGCUAUAAGACUCUCUGGCUAACGGGACAUGAGCUGAGUGCAUGUGGGAGAACGUAUGUGUGUGCGUGUGCAUACGUAUAGAUUUUUACUAGUAACGUGUGCGUGUGUCGAUGCACUUGUUUGCGUCUAACCCUAACCCCUCGUAUAAGUAGACACGAUAAUCUGUUUAACCCAGCUGGCUAAUAUAGCUACUAAAAUAAAUUGGCAGAGUGUGGGCGAGGCUCCCAGCUUGUCGCUUCAAUGCGAAUCGGUUACUAAUGUGAGCAAGAGUCAAUGUAGUUCAGCGCUCCGUUUUUGAUAUUUAUAAUGCUAUUACACAAUAAUAUCCGUCAAAGGCGGUAUAUUUUCACGGCUAUUAGCUUAGCAGCUAAUUAAUCCAGUUCACCGGGGCAGAGGCCAUGUUGUCAUUCCACUCCGCUUAACUUUGCAUUACUUUUUUGAGUCUAAAAUAACUUUAGACGAAAUAUCAGUUUACGUUAAUAGAUAAUUAAAAGCCUGUUCGUAAGUGUAAUAAUCUAGUCCCUAAUACUCUUUACUACUGGUCUGCGAAAAUCCAUGCAGUUAUGUUUUAAAUUCCCUUUUAGGAAAUAGAUUGACAAAAGAUUCCUUUGUUAUUUUGGGGAAUUCCAUAAACACUUAUAUGCUAAUAAAUUGCAAACAUUAUUAACUCAGAUACACAAAUAGACUAAUAUCACAAAGAGAAAAACACAAAGUAAAACUAGCUGAAUAGAGAUGUGUAUAAACAGGGACUUGAAUUUACAAAGGGAUUAACCCCAUGUUAGCUUAUUUUUUUAAUGAGGAAUAUCUAGCAGUAUAGAAUUCUAAGGUCAUUGAUUUAUUCUAUCCUAAUAGUAACCCUUAAUACUAAUAUCUAACUGCAUAAUAGUGUUGUAGAAUAGACAAUGAAUUCCCAGCAUUUAGCAUCUUCGACGUAGUAGCUUUGGACUGGAAAAAUCCUGCGUCACUCAAGAGAUCAAUGCAAAGAGAAGUGCAUGGUACAAACAUUAAGGUACCAAAUGGAAAACUAACAGCACUCUCAAUACCUUAUAUCAUUACAUGCUGACAAGCGUUGCUGUACAGUUCAGGUAUUUAUCCAUCUGUUAAGUAGUUUCAAGACAAAAAAUGUACCUAAAAUACCUAUCAUGAGAUGAACUACUUAUUAAAUUGAUGAAUUCAGAGAUUAAAGUCAUAUUUUGUCUCUGUAUCAUCACAGUAUCUAUGUCUUCCUUUUCUCUAUUUAAAUAUGUUGUCACCAGUUUGUAGCUUCGGCACAGCGAGUUUCUUAUUUCUAUGUUGCCACAGUUAACCUUCUGUGCAUGAUUGAUUAAAAACACCAAACUAAUUGGCAAUAAGACACAUUGCUCUGCUCAAAGCUGGUUUCACACAAUGUUAAUGAAAAGUAAACAGAGUAAGCAGUAUUCAAUUAUGAAAGCCUAAAGGCUCGACAACCCAGCCAGCCAUACACAUUGUCACUGUGACAGCAUGUCUGCAGAUUUUAAAGCCAUGAACUCGAAUAUGUUGGCAUCAAAGCAUCUAACAAACCUAAAAAAAUAUCCUACACUGACUUCACCCUGCAGGCUUGUGAAGAUGGAGUCGCUGAUCAGUGCCGUGGCACCACGGUCGCCAGCUCCCGGGAAGAAACUGUCAGAUGUUGACUUCCGUUCAGGGGCCCCCCUGGAGCAGCUGUCGGCACAGGUGUCAGAGCUGGUGCGACUAGAGCAAGGGGAGUUCGGAGACCAGACUGCCUUAGAGGUCCACACAGCCAAGGACUUCAUUUUCAACAUGCUAGGCUUAGUCCAGAAAGUGGACCAGCGCCUCCCAGUUGCCAAUGAGUACCUGCUGCUGUCAGGUGGAGCCCGGGAGGGCGUCCUGGACCUGAACCCCGAAGACCUGGGCGACUAUGCUAAAGGGGUCGAUUUUGAUCUGGACUUCACCCUGCUGGUCCCUGCCCUAAAGCUCCACGACCGCAACCAGCCCGUCACCCUGGAUAUGAGACACUCCCCACCCUGCCACUCGUGGCUGAGCCUUCGCCUUUGUGACUCCAACGUACUGUCACGCUGGAGCAUCUGCUGCCAGGAAGAGAACAGACUCACAACUGAGGAAGAUGAGGAGGAAGAGGGAGAAUUGAAUAAAGGCUCCAUCCCUUCCCUGAGUUCGCCGCAGUCUCUGGAUGGAUGUUACUUCUCGCCCACCCUGGUGACAGACUGGUUCUGGGGAGUGGUGAGUGAGGCUGUGGAGGAGCUGAGGCGUAGCCCCCAGAGAGGAAUUCCUACCCCAGACAGGCUGGAGAGGAACGGACCCCUGACUACUAUCAUCCUCCAGGCUGGAUCCAGCCGGGUGUUGUACGACCUGCUGCCCGUGGUGUCCUUCCGAGGCUGGCCCGCUGUGGCUCAAGGCUGGCUGACUGCCAACCAUUUCUGGGACGGAAAGAUCACAGAGGAAGAGGCCAUAUCUGGCUUCUAUCUGCUGCCCUGCUGCUCCACACUGGGUGGCCGCCCAGACAGAGAGUGGAGACUGGCAUUCUCCCGCAGCGAGGUUCAGUUGAAGAAGUGCAUCCCCUUCCCCAUGGCCCAGGCUUUUCAGGCAGCUAAGGCAGUACUUUCCCGCAUACUAGCGAGGCCCCGCACAGGCCUCAGCCUCUACCACCUUCGUACCCUCCUCUUCUGGGCCUGUGACCGCCUUCCUGCCGCCUACCUGUCCAGUCCUGAUCCAGAUACCCCUGGUCGCCUCCUUCUCGGCCUCCUGGAUGACCUAGCUCAUUGCAUUCUUGGCAAAAACUGCCCCAACUACUUUCUGCCCCAGUGCAACAUGCUGGAGCACCUGUCGGACAGCCAGGCGUUGCUCGUAGCACGGAAACUAGCCCACGUACGCUCUGAUCCCGGCGAGCAUCUCCGAGCGGCGCUGGACCAAGCUCAGCAAGCCGGCCAGCUCAAGAAGCAGCUAACGGCGAACACCAACGGCCACGGCUCCCCUGGUCACCACACAGCCAAUGGUAUCAUUUCACCGUCAGAUGACAAGCUAGCACAGCGGCUGCAGCAGCUGGUCACAGAGAACCCCGGCAAGUCCAUAUCGGUUUUUCUGAACCCCGAUGAUGUCACCAGACCUCACUUCCGUAUUGACGACAAGUUCUACUGAGGGAGACGCGUCGUCGUGUUUUCUGACACAACCACGCUUUUGACGUGCUCAGAGAGGAAACUCCGAGGCUAAAUAACGCUGUGCCGGUCCGCUGACUUUUUAAACUACACUCCUAUGAUAUUUCCUACUACUGACAUGUCUUCACACAAGUGGACUUUGCACUGUAGACAUGAUGUCACCGAGCUGUUGCCACGGAGACACCCUUCUGCUAACAAGCUGGCCUUAAAGAGACUCAUUAGCUGAAUCUGCAAAUACAAGGCCUGGCUUUUUCUGCCUGAAAUCAAGUCAACAGAGAGAACACUGAACAAAGGGGGCAUUACCAGUAGUGUGUGUGAUGAAAUUCACUAAUGAAUUAGUAAACUGCUGCAUUUUUCAACGAUUGGAGUUGAUGAGGGCUGAAUUAGUAAAGAAACCCACAAAUUAUUGAUGUAAAUGAGGGUUAGCUUGAGGGUCAGGUUUUUCCCAUUUUAUUAUUUUUUUUUACUUACAGUUUAGCUUUUGUUUUUGUUUUAAUCAAUUCAUCCGUUAGUUUCAGUCUUUCUCAGGUAAUUCUCAUACUGAUGAGUUGUACGUAUGUGAAUCCAUUUCAAAGUCUUAAGCUCUACUUGAUAUUUCAUUCACCGAGGACUGAUCCGAUCUCACAGGUCGGUCUAAUCCUAAAUUUGUGCGAUCAUGUACAGCAGCCUUAGUGGGUCUGAAUGAAUGUUUACGUAGAGGUAGGUGAAGCAGAAUUCGCAGAGCCCUUUGUGCAAAGAUUCAGCACAACACACACUGUAUCACCAACGCAAAGCUAUUCAUUUAUACAUAUGUUCUACACAGCCUAUGGCUUAUACUCUCAUUAGCUCUAAUGGUGCCGGCAGCUCUUGUGUGCUAGCAUGCGGGCUGCGGUUUAACAGAGACUGGAAGAGGUCGUCUGUAUAUUAAAGCGUUUUCUAACACUAUAUUUCCUGUACGGCGCUCACAUCUGAACCUGAAAGUGCACGACUGGAAUCAAGUGUUAAGUGACUGUACCAAAGAGUUGCGUAUGCUCCCUUAGCAUUCAUGCAUUCAUCUUUUGAUCAGUUCGCUACAAGCUGAAUUGAAUGUGAAUUUGCCUUUUCUUGUGUGAGGUUCAGUGACACAGUAUAAAAUCAGUGAAAUGCAGCUUUUCCUGGGCUUGAAUGGCUGCACCUCAAGGAAAGAGAGACACAAUUACACUAAUCUUAGCUUUAUCAUCUCGUAUGUUUCCGUAGCCACUACUUAAUUCACUUCCUGGAGUCUCAAAAAGCUGUCAAAUGGCGCUAGGUGUGGGCAUCCUGGUCAAUAUAUACAUAUCUUUUAUUAACUUAAGAUAGAUAUAAUAUACUAGACAGGAGGAAACAGCCAGGAUAAGGGAAAACCCAGGGGUGGGGGAAGGAUUAGUGGGCGUUGGGAUGUUUUAAAACAGAAAAUAAACUAGCGGAAACACUGCCAUCCAGGUUCACUUAAACUGCUGCACAAAGACGAGUCAUGUGUGAGAAGUACUAUAAAUAUCAUCGUGUCUUCACCUGGCGUCAAGCUGGUGUUUCUCUCUAAAGUUUGAUGUGACAAAGAGUAUUGAGGACAAAAUAGCGUCUGACAACGCAAGUGAAAAAUCUCAGUGAAACCGAGCUGUAACGACAGCCUGAUACUAGGCCUGUCACGUUUUUCUGACAUUUUUCCCCCAGUAUCUGCCUUCAUCACUACACUUCCACCGCCGCACGUUAAGUCGCAGGGAACUAAGCUGUGAUUCUCUGUUGCAGCCAAGCCUCUGGUGACACUAAGAGAAACGUGUAAGGCAAAAAGUACAGAAGUGGUAUAAGCACAAAGUCAUGUACGGACGGGCCGUCCAACCACAGCCUAACUGUACGGCCGUGUGAUCACACCUGUUAUGCAGGUGUGUACUUCAGCUGUUGUUUAAAGAAAGAGACCAUUUUGUUAACUUUAUGACUGGUUGUGAUGGAUACGGAAGUUUGUGAUUUUAACUGUGUGUAGCUACAGUUUUUUUUGUUUUUGGGUGUAUUCAGAAGAUGAACACAACAGGAUCUAAGCAGGUGCUUCCUGCUGGGGGUUGUUUGUAAGCCCACGGGCCUUAUCGUUUGUUAGCAGACGGAGGGCAACUGCAGGGGUAACUGCAGGGGUAUGGAUGGAUGUUUGUUUUUGGGUAUUGAUAUCAGCCUCACUUGGGGACAUUGUUUAUUCUUUCCUUUGUUAUAUUUGAAAGCUCUCUAUUUCAGUCUCCA